ACCUACAUCCAGUAGAAAAUGAGUAACAGUGAAAGCGCCUCGUGUUUCAUUCCGGAUUUCAAGCCCGAUGAAGACAACACGUUGUUACGAAAUUUCUCAGGAAUGAAUUUACCUGAGAAAAUUUUAUUCGUAAUCGAUACGACAAGAGAGAGGAAUUGUACACCAUUCAAACUUUCUACAGGAGCUAGCUAUAUGCCUUUGUUUAUGAUAAAACGAACUAUAGAAAAUUUUAUUUACAUUAAAUCUGUCAUCCAACACAGCCACGAGUAUGGAUUAAUGAUCUUGAACUCUCACAGCUUUCAAUGGAUAUGCGAUUUUACCAAUAAUACCAACAGCGUUGUCAAUCAUUUGAAUCUUAUUAAUGAUGAUAUCCUAGAGGAAGAUAAAAAAACAUAUGACCUUGGACAAAUAUUCGAUGAGAUAGAACAGAAAUUACCUCUGCCAAAUAAGAAAUCUGACACAGCUGUUCCAACAUUCGUUGUCAGAGUAAUUUUAGUGUAUUCACGUUCCAAUAGUAUCCCAAAAUUUCAUCUUGACAAAAGGCCUUUAGAUACUCUUACAAAAAAUCCAUAUUUUUUCAUAGAUGUAUUGUAUGUGCAUGAACCACCUUGUUCUGAAAAUUUAUGUGAAGAAAUUUAUUCUGAAAUAGCAACAUUGGAUACAACAAAUUUUUCAUACAUAUUAGAAGUAGGAAGGAACGCAGCAAAAUUGCACGAUAGUAUGGCUAAACUACUGGCACAUCCACUACAGAGACCACCUCAAAAAGACGUGUGUUAUACAAUUUGUCCACCUUCUCAAUGUUCCCAAGAAACGUGUAAUAAUGUUUAAUAACAUAUAAUUUGUCUUUUGAAAAUUGUUAAAAAGGAAAUUAAUGUCAGUUUACAAGAUAUGAUUAUUGAUAAUAUAUGUAAUAAAUAAAUAAAAAGUAAAUAAAGUAAA